AUGGAAGGAGAAAGCAAAGUGAAGGAUCAUGAGUCUAAAGAAGAACAAACGAGGAUUUACAAAAUUUUGCUCCUAACCUAUGCAAGAAGACUGUCAAAAUAUCAGGAUCAAAUAAAAAAUAUCUAUUUUCACCAUAACAUCAUUUCAGCCAUAAAGGAUGAAACGGGAGAUCACUACCUAAACGAGAAUGUCACUUCGCAACAUCAUUUUAUCGACACGUUAAUUAAAUCAAAUGAAAACCAGGAAUUUUUAAAAAGCAUACAGUUGAUUGAGAGUAAGGGGGAUAAAGGAGAACAUAAAGUGAAUGGCGAUCUCAAUGGAGAAGCCCCCAACGGGAAUGGAGAAAGUAGCAAUAAUGGUAGUAAUAACAACGCGGAAAGUAACAACGAAGGGAUGAAUAACGGAGCAAAUGGUACCAAUCAAACGAAUCAGAGGACCCAGUUUAAUAACUACAUUAUGGAUAUCAUGGAAAGGUUUCACUUAUUCCUUUUGUUGAAAAUAUUAUUUGUUUUAUUUUUAUUUGAAGCAAGUUUAAAAAUGUACUUCAUCGUUACUGGAUUGUUUAUCCUGUAUAAUAGAGGGUUCUUCGACCUCCUAAUUAGCAACUUCAGUUUUAUGUCAAAUAACGAAUCUAUAGAACAGGUUCUAAGGCGCAUGAGAGAAUCGAGAAAUAUGAAUAAUAUGCUGGAUAACGAACACGCAGCAGAAAUGAGUAACUUGAAUGAAGGAGCGCACCAAAAUAGUCAGCAAGAGGGUGAUACUAUGGAGGACAAUAACAGUAAUCACCUAGCAUGCGAUUUACAAUUUAUGCAAAAUGAUCAGGACGCAGAAGAAGAGUUAGACAACGGAGCGGAGGGUCAGGGCGAAGAAAACAACUCCGAUAAUAAAACGAACAAAGGGGAAGAAGUAUCCUCCUCUGCGUUACACCCUAUGAAUUCCAUUAAUGAUGAGACAGAUCCCGUUCAUGCUAUAUGGAAUGAGGGAGAUCCUGCAGAUGCGGAGGAUAACGAAUUUGUAAGUGACCUGUAUGACGAAUUUAAUUACCAACUUAAUGAUGAUAAUUCGAAAGAGACACAUCAAAGUGGGCAUAAUACCAGUGCAACAUGUGGAGAAAAAAGUAAAAAAAGAAGUUUAUUUUUUUUUAAAAAAAAAAAGAUCGAUCAGAAGACACACGGAACUGAAUUAAACGUAAAAAAUAAUUCCCUUGAGGAAUUCAACUCGUCCGUAAAUUUAAAUGAAAAAGGGGAUAGCAGCUAUUUGGACGAUGUUACGGAUGACUUCCUCCGUGAAAUGGGUACCACAAAUAAUGGCGACGCGGAGAAUCUCCUAUGCGCUGGUGUGAGAAGACGAAAAAAUAUUACCAGCGGUGAUCAGAAGAGCGGCAACAAUGAUGAUCUUAAUGGGGACAGUAGCAAUGCGCGUAAUGACAGCGCAAGCAACACGCGCAAUAACAACAAGAUGUAUUUCCAUGACAGCUCCACCACAUUUAACAAUUUAUUAAACAACAGUAUGAGCGAAUUUGUAAACUCCGAUUGUGACGAUUCGGAGAAUAACAUAGACAGUGGGCAAUCCUACUGCAGCAAUUCUUCCGCAUUGAAGAAGAAGAAAAAUCCUCCUCAGAGCACGCCAGAGGAGGGGGAUAAUAACACCAGCAUGAACGCGAGACGGAAGCCAACGAAGUUUGAGAAAUAUAUUUACCAAUCGGUUGUCAUGUUUUUCAUGACGCUGCUGCCCUGGUGGGUGCCAGAUGUUGCCUACCUGGAGGAUUGA